AAAAAAAUACAGAACUGGAAAUCAAUUAUAGGAGACGAUCUCCGACGUUAUCCUCGGCUUCGCCAUUGACGAUCUAUCUCUCCUUUCUCGCUCUUGUAUUGUGUACGCUUCUAGAGAAAGAUGAAGAAGAAGAAGAAGAUGAGUCAUGUCUGGAUUAUACAACAACAACUCGUCUUACUUUUCUCCUGCUAGAGCUGCUUCUCCUCAGAUCAGAAGCACUCCUGAGAUCGACAGCUCUCAGUACUUGACGGAGCUUCUCGUUGAACAUCAAAAGCUUACACCUUUUAUGCAAGUCUUGCCCAUAUGCAGCCGCCUGUUGAAUCAAGGUUUGUCCUUUUCAAGAUUCUUGAUUCGGAACUCAUUUUUGGGAGUCAAAUCAGAGAUGUUCAGGGUAUCUGGAAUGAUGCCUAACCAAGGAGGAUUUGGCGGCGAUUUUGAUAGACUCAGACACAGAAGUCCCAGUCCAAUGGCUUCUUCUAAUCUUAUGUCUAAUGUCUCUAACUCCGGUUUAGCUGCUUGGAACAGAGCUUCUCUCUCAGGAGGUAUUACCAUCAUCUGUUUUAAGCUCUGUACUUGUGUUGUCUAAGAUUGUGACUGCGUUGUGUUGCAUCUGUUUGAGCAUUGUGGAACACCUGGAAUGACAAUGGAUUGGCAAGGUGCACCUGGAAGUCCCAGCUCAUACACUGUCAAAAGGAUAUUGCGUCUGGAGAUUCCAAUAUAUAGCUAUCCUAAUAUUCCAUUGGAAAUGAAGAUCAGAGAAGGUUCUGAUGAAGGUGUUCCUGUGAUUGUUUCUUCACCUGGUUCUGUAGUAUUAAAAGCUUAUGAAGAUUCUAGCUCAAAACGUGGUGAAUAGGCUCAAGGAGCUACGUGAUAAUCCUUAGAAUGAGAUUCAGACAAAACUUAACGUUCCACACUCAUCAUAGAACAAGCCAUGAGAACAAGAGGCAUUAUAAAACCAAGUUUUGCAAUUGCUGA